CCGUUCUUCCCUCUCUAUCCACUCUGCCCGCUUCUCUCCAUCCCUCUUCAUUUUCCUCCUUGCCUUAUCCCUCUCUUUUAAACUCUCAUCUGCCCUCUGCCUCUCCUUCUCCCUCUCCUCCCACCAUGCCUCAAACUCCCCUCCCCCUAGAAACUGGCCUCGUUAUGCCCGUAACUCCCUUAUCCGCUCCUUCCACUCUCCCUCCUAAACCCUCUUCUUUACCUUCCCAUCCUCACGCUGCUACUGCCGGUCCUGGAGCUCCUGCUCCUCCUCUUGGGUCGGCUCUCGCAUAUAAUCGUCGACUGUAAUUGCCCGGUAUCCGGCCUAUCCCCUCUCCUUCUUGCCAGUAGCCUGCUACCGGAGCUGGAUAUAAUUCGCGAGAGCGGCGUGGGCAGGAGAAGGGUUUGGAUUCUGAGUACGAGAUCGAUGCCGAUUCGAUUUAGUAUUCCGGCGCCGGUAGGGCUUACAGGUAAGAAAGCGGCCGAGAUCGCGGAGUUGCAAGCAGCUAGAGCAACGGGUUUGCGGGC